AUGAAGGCAGCCCAAUCACCUCCACCAAAGAAGAGGAAAACCCAGACCAGGCGAAAACUCAUUCUUGCCUCUUCCUCCAGUGAAUCAGAGGAUGAGGGUUCAGACUCAGAGGAGUCGUUUCGUGGUGACACUCCUCCUCGCUCGCCUUCACCUGAGGUACCAAUUUCAACCAAACGUGUUUCUCCUCCCCCAAUCUCUAUCUCUAUUUCCAUUCCCCCUAUAACCUCCACUACUCAUAUUCCACCCACUUCUAUUCCUGUACCACCUCCCAUUUUCUCAGACACUACAACAACAACAGCCACUGGAGUCCGAACCAACGUAUCUGAUACGGGGGCUCGCACUUCAGCACCCAAACACACACCUGCAACCGAACCUACUUCCAAACCCGAACCUACUACCUCAACCGAACCUCCACCUUCGCCUUCAUCUCCAAAUCACUCAGCAGAUACCGAGACUUUUCUUGGAGGAGAAGACAUGACCUUCGAUUCUGGAGCAACUGAGUUUAGUGCAGCGAAGGUCGAUUCCGUUGUCGAGAAGCUGGCUACUUCAUUCCCAUCAGAACAACAUUUCUUUGCCGGUCUUCGUCAGUCUCUUGAAGCUGACAAUAAAUCUUUCCAGGCGACUGUUGAGGAGUGA